CAUACAAUGAGCAUCAAAUUAACAUCCUCUGUUUUCUUUCUUCCUCACAAAGAAGAAUUCCUAAAACCAUGGCUUCAAACGCCGUCGUUUCACCCUCCAUCUUUCUACUCAUUUUCAUUUGUUCUUCAACAAUCUGGGACGCCGCCGCCGUCGCUGCCGCCUUCGACUCUAAUCAAACCAUGUAUCCGAUGUCAUGUUCAAGAAUAAAGAAAUGUGACGCCUCGUUUUAUCACGUGAACAAAGGUUUGGAGGGCGAGAACGAAAUUGCCGCCGCCUACUCCGUCAAUCCGUCGCAGAUUCUGCCGCUUCCGCACAAGGGAGUUGAGGAUUACCUAAUUACGGCGCCGUGUUCGUGCGAAACGGCCGACGGAGUGUCCGGAACGGCGUACUUUCACGACACGUCGUUCAGAGUGGGAAUCGGGGAUACCUUGAGCGGCGUGUCGAAUCGAAAUUACAGCGGACAAGUUUGGAUAUCCGGUGAUCCGUUGCUUCAUGUUGGAGAUGUAACUGGAGUGAAGUUGUUAUGUGGAUGCAUUGAAGAUGAGUCUAAAAUUGUGGUGACUUAUACGGUUCAAUUGCAUGAUACUUUAUCCCAAAUCGCGAGCUUGUUGUGGGCUGAUGCGGAUGAAAUCCAUAGUAUGAAUGCGAAAUUGAUUCAAGACCCUGAGUUGAUUGUUCCUGGUUGGGUUUUGUAUGUGCCAAUGUACAAGAAUGCGUAUCAAUCUACCAAAGGUAAUCUUAACUAUUUUUCUACCAAAGGGUCGACAAAGAAACAUGUAUGGACAAUAGUGAUUGCAGUACUAUCAACUUUAACACUACUUUCAUUGGGAUCAUUGGCUAUCAUCUUCAUAAGGAGAAAAUUGAAGAAGUCCCAUCGUAAGGACGAGCUGGAAAAUUCAAAACAUCAUUCCAAGAGUUGUAGUAUUACUGGAACAUCUAGCUUUCAAAUUUUGUUUUUACCAAUAUUUACAGAAGUAUCAGGGUUCGAAUCAGAAAAAACAUUGACUUUUAGCAUUGAGGAGAUCCAAGAGGCUACGGCUAACUUCGAUGAAUCUCGCAAGAUUGGAGAGGGUGGAUAUGGAAUUGUUUACCAUGGAGUAUUAAAUGAACAGGAGGUGGCAAUUAAGAAAAUGAAAUCUAAUAAAUCCAAAGAGUUCUUCGCAGAAUUAAAGGUCCUGUGCAGGAUCCAUCACAUCAAUGUGGUAGAACUUCUAGGAUAUGCUAGUGGAGAUGACCAUUUGUAUUUGGUUUACGAGUAUGUUCCGAAUGGAUCACUUAGUGAUCAUCUACAUGAUCCAUUGAAAAGGGGAUUCCAACCUUUAUCAUGGCCUUCAAGAACACAAAUAGCUCUAGACACAGCAAAGGGCAUCGAGUAUAUCCACGACCAUACUAAAUCACGAUAUGUUCAUCGUGAUAUCAAGACAAGUAAUAUCCUUCUAGAUGAAAACCUUGAAGCAAAGGUUGCAGAUUUUGGAUUGGUGAAGUUACUCAGUCGGACGAACGACGAGGAACUCGUAGCAACUCGACUAGUCGGAACUCCAGGCUACCUUCCUCCAGAAUCUGUAAAAGAGCUGCAAGUGACACCAAAAACGGACGUAUUUGCAUUUGGAGUGGUUUUAGCAGAGCUAAUUACGGGAAGAAAAGCUUUGGUUCGAGAAAACCAAGAGCCAAAGAGAACCAAAUCACUAAUCACGCUUAUUUAUUCAAUAUUCCAAGGGGAAAACUCUGAGGCUGAUCUGGAAGCCGUCGUGGAUGAAAAUUUGCAUGGAAGCUACCCCAUUGAGGACGUUUACAAGAUGGGAGAGAUAGCGGCGUGGUGUUUGAAUGAAAAUCCGGUGGGGAGACCGGAGAUGCGUGAAAUUGUUGCUUUGCUGUCGCAGCUUAUGACCUCCGCCGUCGAAUGGGAAGCCUCACUCGGCGGUAACAGCCAGGUUUUCAGUGGCCUCUUCACCGGAAGAUGAUUCACCACACACUUCGAACUUAAAAAUCCAUAUUUACCAGUCUUUUUUCUUUUUUACUUUUCUUCUUUUGUGAUAUUUUGUGAAACGAAGGAAGGUUUACUGUAAUUAAAUUCAUUGAAUUCAUCUUUUGCCAAUUUAGCAUCGAAGAAAUCACAUGUGGGUUUGAGGGGAACGAAUGAAAAGGAAGGAAGGGAAGUAAAUAAAGUAAACUGACUAUUUGGCAUUAUGGUAAAUUGGCAUUUUUUGUUUUGUGGAAA